AUGGAUCCACCCACACAUAUGGGGAUAGACGGAGAACUGAUCCUGACAUUGAUGCUCAGACGGGUACGUCAACUUAUUCUUACCCAUCUAGAAGAGGCCAAUGAGGCCUAUUCUCAGUUAUUGAGCUCCGAGCUAUUUGGAAACGAGCAGCUUGGAUCAUCACCAUCUUCUCACCAUGCAUAUACCAGCAUGUCUCCGUCCCGUGGAAAUGCAUAUACGUCACAGACAAACUCACCCUCGCGCCAUCGAACACUCCGUUCAGACUCUCUGGGUACCUUGUCUCCUAAAAAGAAUCUUUUAAACUUCCGCAGCCUGAAAUCCGGGUCUUCUACGCCACAUCGCCUGUGUGACUACCGCAUGUCAGGCUCUCAACUUACCUCAAGCCGUCUUCUCGAAGCUACGACGCGGGAGGGCGACCAAAGUCCGUAUGGGCCAACUGCGUCCGGGCUCUCGCAAUUGGGAAGCCCAGGCAUAUCGCCAUCGAGCUCAGCCUCGGGGCUCUUCUCUCCAGGUGAGCAGGUGGACUCUCCUGUCCACACUGCCUUUAGCACGAGUCCCGUGAAGCCCGAGAGCCAACGUCUGCUGCUCGGUGCACGGAAGUCCACGCGGCUAAUCAGCAGGGUACCAUACAAGGUGCUGGAUGCGCCAGAUCUAGCUGAUGACUUUUAUUUAAACCUAGUGGACUGGUCUAGUCAAGAUAUGCUGAGCGUGGGUCUUGGAAAAUGCGUGUAUUUGUGGUCUGCCAAGUCCUCGAGCGUCACCAAAUUGUGCGAUCUGCAGGGUGUACAAGACAGCAUAACGGGUCUGAGCUGGUCCAACCACGGUCAGUUUCUGGCUGUCGGCUCUCAAUCUGGUCUCGUGCAGAUCUGGGACGUGGAAACGCAAAAGUUGCUGCGCACCAUGAUGGGCCAUUCGGCGCGCGUCGGCGCGCUGACGUGGAACAACCAUAUUCUCACAACCGGCUCGCGUGAUCGUGCCAUUUAUCAUCGCGAUGUGCGGGUUCCCGACCACCAUAUCAAGACACUUUUAUCACAUCGACAGGAGGUCUGUGGACUCAAAUGGAAUUUAGCGCAGAAUCAGCUCGCCUCGGGAGGCAACGACAACAAACUAAUUGUCUGGGACGGGCUUCAUGAUUCACCACUGCACAAGUUUACGGAGCACACUGCUGCUGUGAAGGCUAUUGCAUGGAGUCCACAUCAGCAGGGGCUUCUUGCCUCAGGUGGUGGUACCGCGGAUAUGAAAAUUCGGUUUUGGAACACACAGACUGGGUCGCCCUUGUCCGUGAUCGACACGGGCAGUCAGGUGUGUAACUUGGCAUGGAACAAAACGUCCAACGAAAUUGUCAGCACACACGGCUACUCGAGCGGGCUGGUUCACAACCAAAUCCAAGUGUGGCGAUAUCCAAGCCUUUCACAAGUAGCCACACUCACGGGGCACACGAUGCGUGUGCUGUAUUUGGCGAUGAGCCCCUCCGGCAAGUCGAUUGUCACGGGUGCCGGCGACGAAACAUUACGAUUCUGGGAUCUGAAUACACCCAUCCGCGACACUGUCGACCGGGCGGACGACCAUGGGCUGCAAGCCUCCUUUACCAAGCUUCGCUAA